AUGAGAAUUUUCCACCAGGACGCCGUCAUCGAUGAGUUCGAAGCGCUGACCCAGGACGUGGGGAAGGUCCAGAGGGAGACCCUCAAGAUGAUCCUGGAAGAGAAUAGCGAAGCGGAGUAUCUGCAGAACCUGGGACUGGGAGGGCGAACCGAUCCCGAGAGCUUCAAGGCAUGCGUUCCCCUCGUCUCCCACCCUGAUCUAGAAGGCUAUAUUCGCAGAAUUGCAGCUGGGGAGUCUUCUCCCAUUCUCACUGGGAAGCCGAUAACUUCCCUUUCCUUGAGGUACGAUCUUCCCGGUGACAUGUCCACGGGUGUGGGCCUAGUUCAUUUCCCCGGCUGGCGCGUUUACUAUCAGCUAUUUCUGACAUUACUUGUGCUGUCCAAUGCUUCCAGCUCUGGUACUACCCAAGGGAGGCCCAAGUACGUCCCCUUUAAUGACUUUCUGGUUCAAAAUACGAUGCAGAUAUACCGAACGUCGUUCGCUUUCAGAAACAAGUAAGGGGAACAUUUCUCUGCUUUAAGAAUUUAGUCAUUCUUUUAUGUUUUGGUGGUCUCUUUUUCUCCCCCCCUUCUUUUAUUCAUCUGCCUUGAGUUUGAACUGGGUGAUUUCUGGACGAGGUCUGCACUCUGAUUACCCCAUUUAGUGCCUUGUGUUUUCUAAUCAACUGGAGCUGCACCGUGAGAGGAUUAGCCAUUGGUGUCUGAAUUUGUUUUCUCUCUCUUUCUGAAGUCAAUUUUGCCUGAAUUUGAGAUCUACUUCUUUUGUGAGAGAUUUUCCCAGAAAUAACAUUGCCAUUUGUGGGGUUCAUUUUGUCGGCAUCUCUUGUCGGACUCAGUGAAGACAAUGCGGGGUAUAGUAUAGUUUCUUUCCCAGAAAUAGUUAUCACGUAAGUCCAUCUAUUCAUUUAAUCGACUGUGACCCCAUGGCAGAAAUUCUGCUUUCUCAUGGACCUGGCGGCUAAUGGCAGAAGCCGCAUGAAUAAUCAGAACGCCAAGUGCAUUGUUUAUCUGAACGAAUAAUGUUAACGGCGAACUUGGUUUCAUCCCCGAAAUCUCUUCGUCUUUCCGAAAAAGCUGAGAAUAAGUAGUCCACGGACGCUGAUUCUGUGAAGAUGUUCGAUGUUCCUCGAGAGUUUUCUUUAAUGGAUGGCUGACCCGAUUUCCUUGGUUUUUUCCAGGGUGUUCCCCAUUGAGAAUGGAAAAGCCCUGCAGUUCAUCUACGGCAGCAAGGCAGUUCGGACGAGCGGGGGCAUCGUGGCCGCUACCGCCACCACAAACAUCUUCCGUAGUGAGCAAUUCAAGCGCACCAUGAAAGACAUCCAGUCGCAGACCACCAGCCCGGAUGAAGUCAUCUUCGGCCGUAGCUUCGAGCAGUCCCUCUACUGCCAUCUCUUAUGCGGGCUUCUCUCGUAUCAGGAGGUCCAGUUCAUCUCCUCCACCUUCGCCCACAGCAUCGUCCAGGCGUUCAGAACGUUCGAGCUCGUCUGGGAAGAGCUCUGCGCGAACAUCAGGGAUGGGGUCCUCUCUCCCAAGAUCACCGAUCCUUCCAUGAGGGCCGCCGUCUCCAAGCUGCUGACCCCCAGUCCCCAGCUGGCGGAUGAGAUCUACAACAAAUGCAAGGGCCUGAUCAACUGGUUUGGAUUGAUCCCCGAGCUCUGGCCGAACGCAAAAUACGUCUAUGGCAUAAUGACCGGAUCGAUGGAGCCAUAUCUGAAGAAGCUGAGGCAUUAUGCCGGGGAUCUGCCGCUCUUGAGUGCCGAUUAUGGCUCUUCGGAGGGCUGGAUCGCGGCUAACGUCAAUCAUAAGCUUCGUCCUGAGGAGGCGAGGUUUGCGGUGCUCCCCGACAUCGGGUACUUCGAGUUCAUUCCAAUGGAGACGAAGAUCGGGGAUAAUCCGGCCGUAGAAGCUGAGCCGAUCGGUCUCGAGGAGAUCGAGCUGGGGAAAGAGUACGAACUCAUAAUUACGAACUUCGGGGGUGAGUGUCGCAGCCGUUGACUGUCAGUUCCGUAUGAGUGAGUAUUUCUCGGAGGAGAAAGUGUCCCAAUCUUCCUUCCUAUUGUUUCGCGUGGUUGUGCAGGUCUGUACAGGUACAGGCUGGGCGAUGUGGUGCGGGUGGGGGGCUUCCACAACAGCACGCCGGAGCUCCAGUUCGUGUGUCGCCGCGGCCUCGUGCUGAACGUCAACAUAGACAAGAACACGGAGAGGGACCUGCAGUUAGCGGUGGAGGAGGCCUCCAAGCUGGUAGCAGCGGAGAAGAUUGAGGUCGUCGAAUUCUCCAGCUGCGUUGACCGCUUGGCGGAACCUGGUCAUUACGUCAUCUUCUGGGAGCUAAGCGGCGAGGCCAGGGAGAGCGUUCUCCGCAGCUGUGCGGACUGCUUGGACCGCUGCUUCAUAGACGCCGGUUACAUGGGCGCGAGGAAGGCGAAGGCAAUCGCCCCACUGGAGCUCCGCAUCGUCCGGAAUGGGACCUUCCGUAAGGUCCUCGAGCACUUCGUUAACCAGGGUGCCGCCAUGAGCCAGUUCAAGAACCCGCGCUUCGUCGGCCCCAGCAACCCCGCGGUUCUCCGCAUCCUCUGCGACAGCGUCGUCGAGAGCUUCUUCAGCACGGCCUACGACUGA